AUGUCUAUGGGUACGGGUACUCCGCCGAUGAACAUCCUCGAGCCGAUCAUCAAGGCUCAGAUGGAGAAGGAUCUGUUCAAGAACCUCGGAGGGUUCAUCGUCGGAUACGCCAUCGACGCGGCCAUGUUCGGGAUGAUGUUGGUCAUGUUGACCGAUUGGCUGCGGUAUGCGCCUAAAGAGAGCAAGACGAUUAAGGCAGUCUUGGCAUAUUCAGUUAUAGCAGGGACAGUCGGUACGGCCUUCAACAUUCAUAUCAUGAUCUUCCACUUUAUGCAAAACUUCGGGAAAUUUGCCCCUUUCGUCAUGGCCCCCCGCAGCGGAGGAUGGGCUAUUCUCGGAUGCGCCUUCUACGCCAUGAGAGCCUUUCGGCUCAACAACAACAACUACUUCGUUCUCGCUAUUAUCACUAUGGGGAUCUUGACCCAAUUCGGAGACUCAAUCUCCAUUUCGGUCUUGCAUUAUUCGACUCCGCCUCUUGACAGGAAGACUGUCGCCAGCACUCCAAUCUACGUCUGGGUCUCGUCCACCUUUUUCACUGAUGGGCUCAUCACCGGGUUCAUCAUCUACGGUCUCAAGAAGAACAAGACCGGAUACACCGAGACUUCCCGAUUGAUCAACAAGCUCGUCACCAUCACCAUCGAAGCGGCCCUCCCAGCGACGAUCACCUCGAUAGGUUUCCUCGCGACCUUUGUCAACUCGGGGAACACGGACCUGUUCAUCCUCUUUUGGGAAAUGUUCCACCCGAAGAUGUACAUCUUGCCCUUCAUCGCCGUCUUGAACUCUCGGACCAAGUUGAGGCGAGAGGGAGGAGGCAGUACGCAGGGUACUGGAGGGUCGACGGAUGGGCAUGGGCAGCAUUCGCACGGAACCUUCAUCUUGAGUUCGUUGCCUAGCGAACCGUCGAGUGCCAAGUUGGACGGAAUCCAUAUCGAGACCAAGACCGAGCGACAGCCGAACGAUCUUGGACACUCAGUUGACGUUGCUUCGAACUUGCAGGAACACCCCAUGAUCCCCUAUACCGUCGGUCUGAACCGUCAACGCCGGGAUGACGAAUCCAGCAUCGGAGGUCUUACGGACGAACGACACGGAGGAUCCACCGCCAACGAUAGCACCACGGCUCUGAGCCCCUUUGCGGCCUUUCGACAGGGUCAGGGCGGGGUUGCCCGAUGA